GUUUCGCUGUAUGUUGGCAUGCUGGUAAUCCUUCGGUCAAGAAAUCUGUCGACAGAUCUUGGCGUAGCUAAUGGUUCUCAGGGCGUGGUGUGUAAGAUUUAUACCGCACAAUGCGUGCAAGGUUUCACUUACUGUACCUGUGCUCUUGUAGACUUUGCGGGGAGUCGUGUCCGAAUCCCCGGUUUGCCAGAGGGUACUUUCCCCAUAACCCCCAUUUCAUGGACAUUUACAACCCUCGCACCCGGGUCCUUCGACAGAUCGUUCAGGUUGUGUGUCACACGCGAACAGUUGCCCAUCCAGCCUGCAUUCACUGUAACGGGACACUCUGCCCAAGGCAAAACUCUGCCAAUGGUUAUUGUCAACCUCCAUGAGGGAGGAUUCGCG